AACUGCCAGAGAUCGCAUCCAACAAAUGUAUGAAUCCGUGGGAAUCGGAUGCCCCCUGAGGACGGGAUUCAUCACAGCAUUGUGCCGUGGAAGCCAGGCUAUAUUACGACUCAAGACUUCAAGGGGUGUUAUCAUUGAUAACAACAGGUUAGGGAUAAAUGGAGUAACUGACAUAGACACUCACUCCUGGGUAAAACAUCUGAGUGGCGAUAUUAGGUUCAUUAUCUUUGCUGGUAACACUAAGCCCCUGGACAAUGGACAGCUGCCAGUGGAAGGUCUACACUUUUCAUUAAUACGAGCGACGUUAUCAUACGACCUGGAGACCAACUACCUCGAUAUCACACCAACAGAGGCCACGCAAUUCCCACCCUGUCCACCAGGAGUCACUGCAUGGGACCACUUCUCACAAUGGGCUCAUGGCACAGGCUUCGGCUCAUUAAAAGUAGAUCGUGAUGCUAGGACCCAAUUGCUGGAACUGAUCCAGGCACACAGUUUCAACGAGACAAGUGCAUAUUACAUAGCGCCACUGGAGUCUCGAUUAUAUAUAUUGUGGCACUGGGUGAGUGCUUCCUACACUGUGGAAUUCGGCUUACCACUGGCACUUCCACAAGGCCACCAAUCUGCAAGCGAGACUCUAGGUACCACGAGUCUAAAGCAUAUGCGCAUACCAAGUCAUCGGAUGUUGCUGGACAAAGAAGUCCUGAGGUACCUUACAUCAGAUCGCAUGGUAUUCCCACCGGGUACCGAUAACAUAUCCUAUUCCAGUAUAGAAUCAGACACUGAUACAUCCAGCUACCCAUCGGACAAUGAACUGACUGAUAGCGAGGCUGACAUGGAACAGUUUAAUUGGGAAGUUAUAAAAACAUUUACCGAUGAACUACGUACCAGUAUUGACAACUACGGUUCCGUAGUGCCCUGUGUCAACGGUACGUACCUGGAUGACGCCCUAUGGGUCACUAACUACACUAUAGAAUGCAGUAAUGUGAGGGAACUAUUAAUGCAGCUCAAGUCAUCUACCUAUUGGCAUGAUCGGGCACAGGGCAGUUCCCAUUUGACUCUACUGCCAGGUCGUCACUUCAACAACCACUACCAACUACGAUGCUUCGUGUUGGAACACGAACUAGUUUGUAUCGAACAGCUGUUUGUUCAUGAAAACUUUGAGUUCAUGGCAAAGGAUGCGCAUAGAUUAGUCACACUACUGAAGCAGUUCAGUGUGCCCAUACUCAAUAUAGACACUCCAAACGCUAUAUUCGAUGUAACUAUCUCUCGGGAGCUAACUGACCCUAGAUUGGUGGACAUAUAUCCAUUUGGCGCUGUGGCAGAUGGACUACUACACCUGGAGGACGUUUAUCAUUUUUACUAUACCAGGGUUAAAGAUGGCAUAGAACCUAGUGAUAAAGUAGACAUGGAAAUAAUAGACGGUGUGUUGGUAGUUUUCGUGGGUUGCAACGCCAGCCGCUUAAAGAAGCAUGCUUGGUGCCCCAAGGACGUAGGCAAUCUAAGCUUCAGUACCCCUGAUGACCUGAUUGAUUACCUGCGCUUUCAAACAUCUGAAAGUAGCUAAACUAACAAUUGGAUGUCCAGUGCAAUGGACAUCUAGG